UUCACUUUUGUUGGUUCUGAAAAUGUAUUCAGUGCAGGGGCGACAUUCGCAGCGGCAACGAAAGCGACAGCCAUAACACACACCGUACACACACAACGCACACACCACACCAAUACCCUCGCACACACCGCACACAGAUACGGAUACGAAUACGGAUACGGAUACGGAUACGCACUGCGAAAGCUUGGAAAGAAAGUGGCCAAGGAAAGGAGCAACUGUCAGCUGUCAACUGUCAGCAGCUAGAGGAAGCAGCCGGAAGGAGCAGCUCUUUGCGUGCGUGUGUGUGUGUGUGUGCAGCGGAAAUGGCCAAAUUAGUGACUUACAUCUUCAUCGUCAGCUCGCUGGUGCUUUGGUACCUUCUCCUCUUCGGUGGCCGUGGCGGAGGCGGUGGCAUCGGUGGCAUCCGGGGCGUGGAAGCCACCAAUGGGCAUGGGGGACAGCUGGAGGGGCGAGAUUUUCAUCAUCAUGGCGGCAGUCAUCAUAUACGACGUAACAUUAACCAUUGCUGGCGUCGCUACGAUGGCUAUAAUCUACAGAAUACCGUUGUCAACAAGAAGGAGCAGCUGAAGAAGCCGUAUGGCAUAUUGUGCAACUUCAAGUGCACCUGGUUCUUCACCGUCAGCUUUCCCACUUGCGAGUUCAUCUACGACUAUAAGUUAUCCUGCGUGCUGUUCACGUCACUGCCCGACUGUACCAGCGUCAAGUGUACGCUUCUAAACUACUUCGAGUAACUAAAUCUAGUGUGUAUUUGUGGCGAGUGUAGAUGUAAUAAGUGUGUUUUUUUUUCAUAGCAUAAGUCUGAUUAUUACUAGAUUUUAUAUGGGAAAUGUAGAGG